AUGAAGCAAUUCAAAACUCAUGACCUUACAACAUUAAAUCUGCCUUAUAAUAGUAACAAGCAUAAUACUUUUAUUCCAAUCCAGGAAGAUACCGAAGUUGCUGGAAAAGCAAGAAAUUUUCAAGCCACUACUGCUAAAUUUGGAUAUUCUUGA